CACUGUAAAACCAGAAUGUCAGCUUUCGAACUGGUAGAAGACGUACAGAGGCUAAACCAGCCUCACGGUUGUCAAUGCCCCAUGUGUGCUGCGAAUGUGAUAGUUGAAAUGAUGUCUUUUGAUGAACUUCUGACAAGUCUGCAAAACUGUGUCAUCGCCGAGGACCAAAAGCUCGAGCGCGUUUUCGAUAAACUUUCGGAGUGCUCCAGGAGCGACGUUAAAAGGACCAAGGAGCGCAUUUUGGACGAGGCUGCCCAACUGUUGAAGACGGUGAAUCUACAUGUCCUGGCGCGUGAUCACCUUGAGCUUGUAGUCAGACUUCUAGUCUGCUUGCAGCUUCAGAUGGUGCACAUAUCUACAGCCUGUAGAAAAGUGGACCAGAUGUUGCAGUGUCUGGCGAUGGUGGAUCAUCAGUUGGUGUUUGGAGAGAUCCACGCCUGUUUGAGUUCUAUAGUUCACUCAGAGCAGAUAUUCUCUCAUGAACACCUUCAGAGAGCUUGUAUGUUCCUGGAGGUUAGCUCUGUGGGCCGUGAUGUGUGGAGGGAGCUUUGUCCUGCCUUUCUGGACAAAAUGGCGAAAUUCUUCCCUUUAAUAGUGCAACAAGAGCCACUGCGAGAUGGGCAGCUAUGUUACAUGGCUGUCAAGGUCUGCCUCCAGAUAUUUCAGCUUUUGUCUAGAGAGGUGUCUUUUGCAGUAUGGGGAAAAAAGGAGAGUACCCCAGCCAUUAAGAAAAUCUUGCAGGUUCUCGCAGAAAUAAUAUUUGGACAGAGCUGCAGCAGAGACACUCGUCUUUUGGCCGGGACGGCCAUGGCCAUGCUCAUCAACACGGCAUCAGAGAGCAGCGCAGGUGCAGCAGCUGCUUGGAGUCUUUUCCAGAGCUCUCAAUUAGAGCCCUGGCUUCUGACUGUGGGCACCCUUCAGGUGCAGUGUUGCCCCACAUCAGGAGGCGCACUGGGUCAGUUGGCAAUGAGCAGGGGCCUCCUCACAUGCUGUCAACCUCACAUAUUGCUCAGUUCCUGUGCAGAGUUGUCUUUGCAGGGCAGUUUACUGCUGGAUGCUUUGUUUCCUCUACUUUAUGAUUUGUGUGAAGAGAAGCUGAAUUGCCACUACCUUGCAUUUGAGGUGUUCACACUGUGGCUGAAGAAGGUCAAAGAAUGUGUGCCUGAUAUCUGGAAGAUGACGGGUGGCCGUUUUCUGCCCGAUGACAGCAACCUGCAGCAAAAGCUGAUUUCUGUUAUUUGGACCGGUGCUGAAAGUCCAGUGGAAGGCGUGUCCGACUGUGCCCGUGUUACCUUUAGCUUGUUGCUGGACCUCUACGACAUGGACUGUGAGCAGUUUGGUGACACGAAUAAGCCUCUUUAUUUGACUCUACUGCAUCGAAUUAUCCAACUCCCGUGGGAAUCCAAAGCCAAGUUCCAUCGCCUCUGCGCUCUCCUUCCGUAUUUGGGGACUGACACGGUGCUGGAUCACUAUGCUGAAAUACCAAAUCACCUCCUGAAGUGCAUGUCAAACGAUCACCUGUCUCCCUGCGGGUCGGAACUGUACAAGUGUCUGAUCCAGCAGCAGAGAAAAGAGCUUUCUGGCGACACUCUAAAGUCACUGUCAGAGUCAGAUCUGGGCAAUAAGUGGGCAGAACGAUGGCUUCCUGUCCUGCUUGAGGCCCUGACCUCAAAUAUAGUUAUUCUUCAAAACAACAGCUCAACGCACUUACUCCCUUGCACCUUCCAAGUCUUCCCCUCUGCUGUGGAGCCUCUGCUGGCCUCCCUGGACCCGUUCUCAACAGGCCACCUCUGUGCCUGGGCAUUCAUCAUGAGUAGCUACCGGGCUGUGACUGGGAGUUCUCCCUGGGUUCUGCAGGGGAGCUCUACCCUGAAAAUCCUCCAACUCGCCCUGGGCUCUGCUGAUGACAACAUUCGACUUGCCGCCCUCAACCUACUGUGUUGCAGCCUCAAGACCAAAGAGAUUCCAACAUCAGAUGAACUGUCAAUAAUGAGAACCUUCAUUCCUCAGAACUUAAAUUCAGAGUCCUCACUUUUCCGACAACAUUUUCAAGCAGCGGCGAGGAGAUUUUUGGUUCGGAUCAGAGAUGGCUGCUUGGCGCACAUCAAACAACAAAAGGGCAAAGGGAAUAGCAGCCAGAUGGAAAGCUCACAGGAAAUACUCGCCUUGGGAAUAGGUUUUGUGGACUGGUUGAGCCAACUGGUAUGCUGUAACUUGACACCAAAUCACAGUUACCAGAGGAAGAAAACUGUCUUACUGUUACUGUCUGCACUGCUGGAGACAUGCACUGACACUUGGAGCCCUGACAAGAAAAAGGGACAGCCACCCGUGGACAUGGGAUCUCUCUUGACCUGUGCCACGUCAAGAGGACAGUGGGACUUCUUCUCCAGAGAAAAACUGCUGGUCCUCAUCAGCUGUUUGGAAGAUUCCACGAAUGAAAUUCGGGAACUUUCCGCAGGAUUAUUGGUGAGAUUUUUCCCUUCUGUUUUUCCUGCCGAUGUCGCUGCGGCUCUGCUCGUUCGUACCAAGCAGCUUCUGUGCAGUCCUCGGGUCCAGGAGGCUCAGAUGGGGGCGCUGAUGAUGAAGGUCCUCUAUCACAAAUGGCAAGGCCUUCUUGAAUGCAAAAUAAUCAGUGCCGGUGCCAGCAGCGUACAUAACAUCAAGGCCUCCAGCUUUGCUAGAUUCCUUGUGAAUGAGCUGAAGGAUCACUACCUCACAGCCAAAGCAGAUGUAAUGCUCUCUGCCAGAACCAAGCCUAUGCACGGAGUUCUGAGCGCCCUGCAGAAAUGUUUGUUGGACGACAGAUGCAGCAUCUCAGAUUCACUUGGUUCUACACUAAUCAGUGAUCUGCUGAGCCUGCUCAAGAACAUUUCGUUGCUUCUGCUUGGCAUGUUGCAUGGACAGCAGGAAACGGAAAGUGAUGCUCCCCCUUCUUUCUGUGAUAUGGGGAAUGCCAUCAGCUCUCUGAUAGCCCACGCAUCUGAAGAAAAUCUCGUAGAUGGCGGUGAGGAGUGUGUCUUGUUGUCUGAAGAACACAGCCUUGUUCUCACCUGCUGCUGGGUGUCACUUAAGGAAACGGGGAUCCUUUUAGGAUCACUUGUGGAGAAAAUUCUCUCUGAAUCCAAGCCCGACACCUGCUUUCUCACAAAGCAACAACUAGAAACAGCAUCAGCUAUUUUUAGACUUAUUCUCCUCAAAUGCCGUCACUGGGGGGCAGUAGAGGGAUGUUCUGUCGGCUUCACCAGAUACUGUUCAGCUCUACUCAGCAGUAGUGAACCUGAGCUCAGGGAUAUACCAUCUCAGAUGCUCCAACAAGCGUUACAAGUUGUGCAGUCUCCCAGUUGUACUUCUGUAACCCGCCGGGCUGCAGGAUUACCGAUGCUCAUCCUCUGCGUCGUGUCUGCGGAGGAGCCCAGUACGGCACGGCCACUCUUGGCACAUACCAUGCAAACCUUACUGGACACGGCUAGAAUCCCACUUCCUGAGAACUGGGACCAGACACUGGACCUCCCACAGGUGUGUGCUGUUCACACGCUCCAGGCUCUGGUACGAGGAUCAAGCUUGGGUGUCGCCAUUCUUCAGUUUGCACCCAGUGUAGCCAUUUUGGCUCUCACUCUGCUUAGUUCUCCCUGCUGGGCCAUGAGGAAUGCAGCUUUGCAGCUUUACAGUUCUCUUUGCUCACGGAUGCUCGGUCAGAGGCCCAGCAGUGAGGGUGGGACUAAAUAUGGCAUGUCCCCCCACGCCUUCUUCCACCACUACUCCACGCUCCAACUCUUCCUCCUUGAGGAGCUCCGAGAGGCAGCGAGUGACCUUCAGUGUCCAACUGAGGAGGCGAGGCUCCGCCUUCAGCCGUCACUCUUCCCGAUUCUUACUCUUUUAUCCCAACUCCAACCUGGCGUACAGGACUCAACAGAAACCUUGGCGGACUUCCUGCCUCCUUUACUCCAGCUCUCUGCCAGUCCUGUUUACAGUGUGAGAGUGAUGGCCUCCAAGGCACUGGUCGCCAUGACUCCCCCGUCAGAGUAUGUGAACAUCCUCAUCAAUCUGACGGCCCGGUUGCCCUGCACACCGGAGCGCUGCUGUCACAAUUGGCUUCACGGGCAACUGCUCCACAUUAAAGCUGUGCUGGACAGAACUCUCGGAAAAGACUGUGUGCCUGCAGCAGAGCUUCAUGCAGCGGUGAGCACUGUGGAGACAUCGCUGUGGCUUGCCACAGAUAUUCAGCGCUGCCCGCUGGUGAGAGCAGCAUAUGUUAACGUUGUGGAGUCACUGAGAAGAUUUUGCUGCGAGACUUUUCUCUCCAUGCUCUUUGACGUUCUCAUACGUGAGCUUCGCACACCAAAGCAGGGACUUCAGGUUGGCUUGUUUUCCUUUCACCAACGAGCCAUCCAGUUACUCGGUACCGACCCCAAGUGGGCGCCAGACCUUUUGGAGACUCUUAGAACGGCGAGCUGUGAUUUGAGGCUGACAUUGGUCACAUGGGUGGUGCAGGACCAGGACCAUGCGUCAUUGAACACACACUUUAAAGAAUUGAUCCAGAGUGUGCUGCAGUCCGGUCUGAGGGAGGCACUGUUGAGCCCCAUUGCGGAGUACCGCAGGGCCCACGUUGCAGCCUUCGUAGGAGUGAUGGCCACCGAGGAUCCUCCUCCGCAAGUCUCCCUUGAGGAGUCUGUUCUUUUGGAGUGUCUGGAUUUGUUAUUGAGAGACCUUGAGGAUCAGAGAGGCGGGUCAGAGUUCUUGUCCCGAGCUCUGCAUGGUGCAAGCCUCCUGCUUUCACAGUGUUCUCAGGAUUCUUUAAUCCAACGCUGGUGUGGCGUGAUGGAGACUCACCGGUCCCCCCAUGCUGCUGAAGUUCUGAGAAUAUCUUGUGCUGAAGCGCUGUGUGUGGCUGGCCUUCCUCUAACGAGCCACAAUCUCAUUCCUCCAACUCUCUUGAUCAAAUUGCUGAACACAGGCCUGUACUUGCUGCAGGACCAAAGCCAACAGGUGAGGACGAAAGCCGCCCGCUUCAUCUCCAUGCUACAUCACGCCAGAGGAGGAGGACCGCAGAGGAGGCUCUACCUCAUGCAGGUUAACCUGGCUAUACCGCUGCUGCUGGAAUUGUUAUUGGAAGAGUGCUGGGACAUAACGGGUACACUGCAGGUGCUUCUGUGCCAUGUGCCCCACUCUGACCUGAGAUCUGUGCUAAGUGAAAUCGCAGUCAGUGGCUGCGGAAGCCUCUAUGAGCAGGAUGACGCCAACGUGUUUGCUGAGCCUUCAGUGAUGUCUGAAUAUGUGUUGCCUUACCUGCUGCUUAUGGCUGAAAAAUACUCUGAAUCUUCAGCCCUGGCACAGCGCCUGAGCACAUGGGCGGAAGAGAACGCUGCUCCGCUGCUCGACAACCUCACAUUGUGCAAAAGCCUCCAGCCAGCUGAGAUGCUGACACUUCUCACAGACCCCCGGUUUCACAACACCCUUUGCGGCUUGCUAACGAGAGCCACCUUCCUUCUCCACCUUUCCAAAACUUGUGACCGUCUGCAACACCUUUGUGAUCCUUCAGCCCUCCAGAUGACUUUAAAGGAUAUUUGCACUCAUCUAAGUGAGCAAGAGGCCUUGUGCCCGCAUAAGUGGCCAUUUUCCCAACCGCAUGAGAGUGCAAGAUGAUGGACUGGCUCUGAAUUGGCAGAGGAUGGGUGCUCGCUUGUAGACAGCCCACAUACUAGCAGAGUCUUACAUCAUCACAUUGCCUCCCGCUUCUUCUUGAGGUGGGUGUGAUAAAUGACUCACUGACAGAUACAGGCGGGUGGUUUUGUUGUUGUUGUUUUUUUUUUUCUCAAAUGACAUGCUAUUUUUUGGACAAUGACGCAUAGUGAUGAAUCUGAAUAUUUUCUUUCCGGCUUUGUAAAAGUGAGUCAUUCCAUUUUGGAGGAUUCAUUAUUUUUACUCCCACGACCAAAGUUUAACUCAGAAGAACAAUUGCAAAUGAUGGCUUCAACUUUGCUCCACAAGUAGGGAAGAACAAAGGAACUCAAUGCGAGCGUUCGCCUGCUCCUGUUGUUUGUUUUGCAGAUAUGUAAAACAAAUUGGCAACACAAAUUCAUUAUUCAGCCAACAGGUUGUGUUUAUGCCUACACAGUUGUGAGACUUGCAACUAGUUGAGAUUCCAAAAUCUCUUUGCUAAAUGUGAUUCUUGGACCACUGCAACCUGCCUGCUUCCUGUUUAAUUCAGAAACCGACGAUGGCAACGUGGAACAAGGCCAAAUAGGUGCUUGUAUUGGCCUCGUGUGCACACAUUGAAGCACAUGUUUACCAUCUGGAGUGGGAACAGAGGGAGUGUUUUUCCAUUUUGUCACCAAUUAUCCUUCCUCUCAGGGCUCCAUAUGCAAUUACUGUACAAUGCAAAUUGUUUUGGAAUUGUCAGGGAACUGCUGAGGUGCUAUUUCUGCAAGUGACCACCGUUACUUUGUCGACACUUUGGGUUUCUAAAAAUAUAUAGAGUAUACCAAUAUUUUCACUGAAGGCAGAAGCAGUGGAAGUUGUAUGACAGAUCGAACACAAUGUGUUUGACUUCAGUGGUCCAAAUCUAAUUUGUUCUGAUACAGAAACCCAAACAAGUACACUCAAAUGUGCAGUGUGUAGCAACGUGUAUGUACUUGAUUCCUGUGUGUUGUUUGUGUUGAUGGUGACAUGGUUUUUCCACUGCACGUGCAGGGAAAGGGUCCAAAGACCCUCACCCAGCCAAACGUAGAGCAAACAGAUGCUGCUGUGUUUGCACAACCCAGUGCCGAAAAAUGUGCCUGGCUUCUGUGGGCAGAUGAACUCUUGAGUGUGUCACGAGUUGGCUGCUCUCAUUUUGCGCACUGCCAACAAUGCGCACCGACAAAGAAAGGGAACCUACCGGUAUGCACUGGAGCUGCCAGUUCUGGGCCUCUGCGGAGUGCACUUUCUGGCUGCGUAGAAAAACAGGGCUCGUGAGUUGGAGGGGAAGAGCACGGGACACGUGCGCGCGUAUUUAGGGCCAGAUAGGACUUCACUGGGAUUAUAAAUGGAAAGCCACGAGUCAAUGUGGGUCAGAUGGGAAGCUAUGUAUCGACAUGAAAAGUCAUUGUAGUUUUAAUGUAGUAAAUGUAAACACGCACGUUUGAGUUGGACUACCCGACUGACGAUUGUUUGUCAGACUGCAUGCUACGCAGGUGCUCGUCUGCAUUUCAUGGUUCUCGGUUUACGACGGAAUCUGAAGACAUGCACAAAUUAAAACGUAUUCCAUUCUUUACCAAAUCUUAUUGGAACGUAACGCACAAGUAAUGUCAUGCCUAUGGCAGAUCUUUGUAGACCAUAAAUAUAAAACAAUCAGAUUUGAAAAACACGCCUUUUCCCCACCUGUGCACAUAGUUAAUUUCGAGCAAAUUCGUAUACUCGAAAUAUUAUAUUAACAGUAAAUAUUAAAUUUAAAAAACUAUUCCAAGCAAAACAUAAUACGUAGAAAUAUAUUUGGUGCAAAUGACGCGAGGAACACUUCUAGUCCAUAUGUAUAAGACUCAUCCAUCUAUUUUCUGAUAUAAAAUGAACACAGCAAGUAUGGGGUAGGAAAUUUGCGUGCUUCAUGUUAUGUGUAGUUCACUGCACGCCAUUUGUAUUAAUCACUAUAUGUCAAAUUUGAGUACAUAUCGUUCAAACCCAAAUAUAGGCCAUAAAUAUAAAACAAUAACACGGAAAACAUUAAGUUUGGCUGUAACUGAGCGUGUUUCUUGUGCCGCGUGACGUCCCAUUGUUAGUUCGCUGCGCAAACUAGUUCUGUAUACACGUUUUGCAACCUCGAAAUGUCAUGAUUACAAUAAAUAAUACGGAAAACACUUCUAGACCAUGAACAUUUAUAAUUAAAAUAAAAAUCAGCUGGUUUGACAGCAAUCGAUUCUGAGCGCGUCCUCUUCUGCUGCAUGACAAUAUAUUCGUCCGCAACUGCGCUAAAGUGGCUCGUUGCCACCGUUUGUAAUCUGGAAACCGCGUAUGUCGAGUAAAUCGCGUGAACGUAUUUGUGAACGCAGUAUGGCUUUAGGACCUGGAGGUGUGUUUUUUUCUGCUGCUGUUGCUGCUCGCUCCUCACGCGGCUCUUCCUCCAGCUGAAGGUUGUUUACGAAGAAAGGGGAGCUCGUCUUUUUGGCAAAAACAAGGGCUGAGACUUUCAUCGAGAGGAGCAGUGUGUCUGUUGCCCUCAGCACAGGCUCUUUCUCUUUAGGCUCAUAAAAAAGUAUCUUGAGAAAUGGAUUCAGUCCGUCAUCCCUGCAGGAUGUUUCUUUCUUUGCACAUUGUUUUCCUCA